AAAGACCCCACCCGGUCUCUGCAAGUGUGCGCGUGCAACGAAGCCUCGCACUGCGCCGUCCGGGAACACUCAAUUGCGGGCUUCGGCGGCUCCGUGGGCCCCGCGCGCGCUCUGCGGGCAAAUCGUUAAAAGCGGAAGCGGUUCUUUUUCAUCCGAGAAGAGACGACACACGAGUACGAGUGAGCCCCAGAAAGCUCACGAAUGGACUUUGAGGUAGCCAAUGAGCUGAGUUUGAUUGUGUUCAGUGGCAGAAAAUUGAAAAGCAGACUUUGAGAACGAAGAGCUCAUGAAUACCGCAGGGACGGCUAGUGCGGGUCGCGGUAUGCACGGUGAGCGGAGAACGACGAUUGGCCGGGGUCUCGCCAAUUAGCGCUUAGAUAUUCCGAGGAACUAAAACAGGGCUGCAAAUCGUCGGCGUCGUCGCGAGAGUCCGUCUGAGCUGCAAUUUGGCCUCCCGUCGAGAACAAUCUGUCCUGAAAAUGAGAGCGCUCGUCCUGCUCACAACGACCGGCGUGCAGCAUUGAAGCAAAAACACACGGAAACACCGGCAAGCGAGUGCAGGCGCCGGCCGACGACCCGGGAAGAUUUGGACAAGAUGAGGACACUUAUUUCACAAGAAGCUACGCUUUCAUUGCGAACAAGCUCCCUUUCCUCGUUGUCUUCAUGCAGCAUUUCCUAUAUUUCCCUUCAGUCGUGGUUCUCGGCUGUGCCAGGUCGCACGCACCGAGGGAGGGAGCUUUAGCGUCACGUGUGGUUGGCAGAUUAUCGAGAGCGGCGGGACGGGGCGUAGCGGGAGCUCGGCGGGCAACGCGGCGGCCGCCGCCGCCGGCCGGCUGGAAGAUGUCAGCCCGCCUCUCCUUUUCGGCCUUUCCCCGAAAAUACUUUGGAAUCCAUUUCUAUUCUCCUCCCUAAAGGGACAAAUGACAAAGUAGCUCCGCGAGACAGCUAGAAAGUAACGAUGAUGGAUGACACCGCCGGCUGACGCUAUCGAUCAUUUCCAUGCAAGUAAAUACUUUGAGCCCGGGCUCACGCGGGCGGCUAUCGAUUCUGCCCAAAUUCAGAUGUUGAUCUUCACGCAGGAAAUACACGAUUUUGACAAAAGGCAUGCUGGGAUGUGUGAAAGAACUCGACUUGAGCCCACGGUGGAAGGGGAUGGAUGCGCUCCAGCGCCUUCGCUUGGAGAACUACAGCCAGAGUAAUGUACACGGAAGACAGGCUCUUGAAAUUGUUCCGAAGCUCGAAAGGUCAAGCGUGAAGAAGCUUCCGGUGUCACAAAGUCGAGCUCACGCCUACAAAUACAAAGUGUGAACAUUGUGUCAGGCUCUGCACCGCUUUUGUUUGCCACUUCCUGCUCAAACUUCUGUCCUUUGGCCAGAUGUGAUCAUCUGCACCAUAACAAACACAGGAAAGGGGUGUGUGUGUGUGCGUGCGUGCGUGCGUGUGUGUGUGUGUUGCCACAUGUAGAAUAGGUGCAAUGUAAAGGCGACCGCUUGCGUUCUCACUUCCUCUUUUUGAUCACACAGCUUCCUUUGUGAAACCCUGACUGCGCUGGAAGUUGUUUGUGAACACAAAUGAAAUAUGCAAUUGCAUAUUAGUCGUCGUCGUUUUGACUCCAGCUUAUUCUGCAUUCCUGAAGUCCUAAAAGGUCACUUCUUGUCGCGACUGGCAUCCGCACAUCUCACGUACAGAUAGGCUGUGGAGGAGCAGAAUCCCCACCGCGUCAAGACACCUGCAACCUGCCGAGUGAUGCCAAAUAAGUGACGAGAGACUCAAGACCCGACCUGACUUCAUGCGGACCGUUUAUCACCGCUCACCAGCCGGCGGUCACGUUCGGCUUCUCGUGGCGCCGUGCAGAACGGAUCCGUGCGUGCAUUCGGGUAGUUGAGAUGAACGUAGCAGGACUGGCGGAUUCGUGGGCCGUUCUGCUUUAUUAGGCAGCACAGCAGAGGAGGACGGCUCCAGUGCCCUGCGUAUGCAGCUGGAACACGGACACCAAAUGUGGAGUGAGCAGGGACAUCAGCUGCCCCCGACACGGUCUUUGUGUAGCUCAAAGCCCUUCAAAUGACAACUUAUCAGAAGUCUCUGCAGCAUGUGCUUUUCAUUUGCCUUGGCGGAUCUCCUUUCCUUUUACUGCAAAAACGCAGCGAGGAUGCGCGUCUGCUCCGCACGCCAGCCAGGUCCUCUCCUCCGGCUGUGCACUGCAGCUCCACGGUCCCGCCUCUUGGUGGCGUCACGAGCGGCCGCUGCAUUUGGGUGCGUCACGUGCCGCCGCCAAAUGUACAGGCUUCGACGGCGAAAAGAACCACGUUCAAGUCGAAGUGUAGGCUGAAAGGCUUUUCUUCCAGACGUUCCGUUAGUAUAGUCCUCCUAUUUCCGAUUGCCCCGAACGCAGCAUGCAAAAGUCCGCCCUUAACCGGAAAGUGAAAGAAAACUUGAAAGCGUGUCAGGUUAGAAUGGGCAGCCAGGAAGUCGUCGAGUUGCUCGGGAAGUGCCUCAGGGCGGCGGCGGCGGCGGCAGCAGAAGCAGCAGAAACAGCAGAAACCUCCACUGACGUCGACAGGCACAACUACUGCAGUGUCAGAGAUUCCCUGUGCGCGGAGCUGGCUUUGCUUCUGCAGGAGGCCUCGGAAAUGAGGUGGCCCUUCGUGCCCGAGAGGUGGCAGUUCCAGCAGGCCGUCGGCUCCCGAGACAAAAGCAACCUGAACGAGCUCGUGGGCCAGCACCUACCGCAGCUCCUGAACGUCCUGGAGGCCGCCAUCGUGGCCCGGGACGCGCGCGCGGCGUUCGCUGUGAUAUUUUUGCUGGACCGCUUCCUCUACUGGACAGACGAGUCCGGCUCGCUGUUGAAAAUCAGCAAGCUGCUUCACAAGCGCUACCGAGGCGCCCCCGUGGCCCCUCAGCUGCUCAUACGACAGGCCCGGGUGUACCUCAGCUCAGGCAAACUGCAGAAGGCCGAGCACAUACUGAGCCAUCUUAUUGCCAACAGCGGCAACGCAGGAUGUUGGGUGUACCGCUCAGAAAGUGACCGUGCUCUCGUGCAGGCUGUUAGUCUGCAAGUGCGCGGAACGGUUUUGCAAAAACUAGGUCUGUGGGCGGAGGCCGCGGAGCUCGUCUGGGCUUCUCUGGUCGGUUACAACGCGCUGCCUCGACCGGAUAAAAAGGGCAUCGGAACCUCUCUCGGCAUCCUAGCUAACAUACUGCUGUCCAUGAACGAUGAGGACUUCCGUGCUUUCAAGACGAUCCCAAACGUUGAUUUAUCUUUGCUCGGCGACGCAUCCCACCGUCUUCUGUCCGCAGCCAAGGCAGCCGCAAUGGCGGUGGUCUACAGCCAGUACACGUCACUCUAUGUGCUGACCAAUGCGACAGCCCAAGGGACCUGCUUGCUGUCGUACAGUUUCUCUGCGGCGUGUCUCCCCGCAAAGAGGACCUUCUUCCUGCUACAGGCCAAGGAGGCGUUCGAAGUGGGCCUCCUCGCCAAAGCUCAGGGCGAGGUGGUCCCCAGCAAGCAGGAGCUGCACACCUUCAUCAAGGCGGCUUAUUCGCUCGUUGUCACUCGCAAAUGGCUCGACGGACCUUCUGAGGCCGUGACGCGGUCAACGCGGGCUUGCCAAGAGGCUUUGGCUCGCUUUUACGAUUACUGCCACGCGGACGCCCACGACAGAGGAAGCUUCUGCGCGGAAAUCAUGGGGUCGAUGGCUCGAGUCAAGCUGGAGUUGCACGUGGAGCCAUUCGUCAAUUCCGACAGCCGCUCUUUUAUCCCCGAUAGCUUCAGAAACAUGAGUGGCGCGUUGGCUGAUUUCACUUUGGAUGACUUCUCCAGGGUGCUGCACAGACUUCAGAAGUAUCACAUGUCGCUGUGUAAGACCGCAAACGCAACAUGUAAGGCCGGGAAAGAGGUAGUGGACGGCGCGAGGAUGUGCAUUACGGCGUUUGGGACAACGGAGGACGUUUUUAACGCCGAAUGCAUCACAGAGGCCUGCGGACUUUCAAGGGACGCACCGUCGGAUGUUUCUCGACUGUCUGAGCCCCGCAGCAACGUCGCGAAUGCAAACAGUCUCGGCUCUUCCUGGAAGAAAUCCUCCUUGAGUAGUUCUGCGUCAGGGAGGUGUGCCGUCGACAGCCCCACAAUCCGGAGAUCACCAAGACUUGCCACCCGCUUGUCUUCCAGUGCAAGUCACAGUUCUGACAAGUUUGAAAUAGUAGAAGCUGAAAUACCAACCGUGGGCUCCGAUACCCCCGAUGGUGACCACGGUCCAACGGACCCACCGGCGGGCGCACUGCCGCGGUCCUUAUCCCGGCUGAUACUGCGAUCGAGCUCUCUCAGCAACAGUUUUGAGUCAGAGUCAUCGUGGGAAAACAUCUCGAGAACAUCCAGGUCUGCAGGAAGCUGCCAGAGCAGCAAAUCAUCUGAGUCCAGCGGGAGCUUCUUUCUCAUGAAAACGCAAGAUUGCCAAACCAGUGAUCCAGAGUAUGACACUGCUUCUGGGUGGGAAUUCUUGUGCAAGCCCAAAGCGCUGGAGAGCCCUAAUGUAGACUCUGGGAGCUGCAGCACCACUGAACCCUCGACAGAAAAUUCCCGCGGGACACCAGACGAGUUGACGCUCGGUCCUCAAACGUUGAACCCUCGGUGCGACAGCUGCCUCGAGAGCAACACCCCGGCUGGUGUUGCUCCGGCGAGGCAGUAUUUGUUGUCCCGGGAGGACUACCGCAGCCUCCUGGCCGGGGUUUGCCACGGCUGUCUGCUGAAGAGACUGAGCAGCGACAAGGCGAAGUUCAAACUUGAGCACUACAGCACGGCCCACGAUGCGCUACAUUUAAAGUUCUCCAAAGCCUCAGGACUGUGGACAGCGAGGGAGACCUGUGCCUAUAUUGGCCAAUCAAUGGGCUUGCACGGCACCCACAGAACCGCCAUCUGGGUCCAGUUCUUACACCAGGAGGAAAGGCUGAGCAGUUACGUCGCCAAAGACUACCGGAAGCCAACGCAGAUCCAGUUUCACCUGAGAGAUGUGGAGAGGCAGAUGACGGCCCAGUAUUACGUGACAGAAUUCAACAAGAGGCUCUAUGACAAGGAGGUCAUGGCCCAGAUGUUCUUCCUGCCCUCGGAGGCGCUCUUGAUUUUGGAUGGAGAUGAGAUCGCGGGCUGCGUCACUGUGGAGCCCUACAUGCUUGGCCAAUUUGUCAAACUCACCAACAACAUCAGAAAGAAGAACGAAGAGCUCCCUGCGACGGAGUACGGCCUGGCCUUCGGACAUUUCACCUACCUGCACUCCAACUGCCAGGACGUCGUCGUGGACUUGCAAGGGUGGGUGACGGCCAAUGGCAAAGGGCUGACUUACCUCACGGACCCCCAGAUACACUCCGCGAGAGCCCCGCGCGGCCCGUCCAACCUCGCUCAGAGCGGAAUCGAUUCCUUCCUGCGGGAGCAACACGGACCGCAGUGCAACAAGGCCACACAGAACGAGCAGCUCUGGGCUUUCGCCCGCUACCUGUACGACGCGCUGGGACACAGGAUAAGGCUCCAGGAGAUUGGAUUUUACCAGAAUAAGUCUUUUACCUAUGAUGCUCUUCUUCUCUAUAGAGAGGCCCUCAUGUACGAGAUUAACCAUCAGGAACACACGUGCAAGAAAAGAGCCCUGCGGGUAGACUUCCACCCGAUGGCGGUCCCCAGAAACGCUUCUCUUUUGGGCCAGGCCGUCGUGGGGAGUUCCUCGAGCCCGGGUCAGGGUCUUCUCGUCAACACGUGGACGGGCAAGCUUCCUGACAACGCGCCCUACAUCGUCACGGUCACUGAAUUCGGAUGCAUUCCUGUCUCCACAACCUACAAAACUCUGCCGUUCGGUUGGAUGGUGACGAGCUUCUUCAACAACGUCAUUGGCAUUUCCGACCCCAAUCAGCUCAAUCCUCCUGACUUCUGCCAAGACGCGCUGCACGAGGAGCCGGUCGACUUCUUUAGCUUGUUCCGUGUGAAAUGAGCGACCGUAUCGUUAAGACGAGCGAAGCGCUCGCCCGUCCGUCGACAUAAUCGUCUAACAUUACGCUCCGAUCGUGCUCAUUUACAAACGGUCUUCUCGAUAUCAAAAGUUAACUUGAAUACAUCGGCGUUGUGUUUGAAGCUUGUUGUACUGACCCUGAGCGGUCUAUCUUUGAAUUCAGAUUUGUGGCGAUCAAUUAUGUGUCUACUGUUUGCUUUGCAUCUUCAACAAUGUACAGAAAUGCCUUACGAUUGAA